ACAUUCGAGUUGAGCAGAUAUAACAGUAAAUUUCAUUCGUUUUCAUCAUCUUCUGUUUUUACGUUGAAAAGUGAAACUCUCAAGGAUGAAGCAAGUAUUGAGUAGCAAAUUGAAAUGUUGAACAAUUAUCAAUCAUCAUUAAUCUUGUAAGUGUAAGGAAACUUACCUUGUGCCUGGGAUUCAGUCAUGAUCUUAUUGUGACAAAACAACGCGUUAGUCAUGAAAUAAACUUGACGAAAUUGGAUCAUUAAUCAAUAAUCAUCGGUACAACAGAGGAAAAGAGCGUAAACAAAAACUGAAAACAAAUGAUGGAUUACUAUUUGUGUGUUUUUAUUGCAAUUGGAUUUUUUCACGUCUCAUCAACAACAGAGUUACAUGUAUUAGCUGAUCACCGAAUUACUCUUGUCUGUAAUAUAAGUUUUCCACUCAAUGAUCAUAUCCUGCUGAUUCUUUGGUAUAAAGGUGACAUCAAUGGUUCACCUGUUUAUACCAUUGAUGGUCGAUACAAGAAUCGAAUUGAGGAAGCUGAACAUUUUAAAAGUUCCGAGCUUGGUGAAAGAGCUCAUGUUGAUAUUAAAUCGUUUCCCAUAACUUUAACCAUAAAUCCAGUUCUGACCAGUGAUGAGGCGAUCUAUUUUUGUCGAGUUGACUUUAAAUGGGCGAGAACUUUGUCCACUUCCAUUAAAUUAAAUGUUCAAGUGCCUCCCAGUAAAUUGGUUAUAACCAAUGUAAAUGGAAUACCUUUUCGUAAAUUUGCUGGACCUUUUAAUCAAGGUGAAACUGCAUUGAUAAAAUGCAUUGCUCUUGGAGGUAAACCUUUGCCAAGUUUAAUUUGGUACCAAAAUGAAAAUAUAAUAGACGAUUCCUACAAUCAAAGUGCAGAAUUGAAUCAAGUUGAAAAUGUUUUGAUUGUUAAAGAUUUACAGAGAAUCCAUUUAUUCCAAGAAUUGAAAUGUUUAUCUCACCAUGAAGCCUACGGAAGCUCAUCAGCAACUGUAACCCUGGAAAUAAAUUUAAAACCUUUAUCUGUUGAAAUAUCAACUUCCCAAUCGACUCAUAAAGCUGGUCUUAAAUCGACAUUUACUUGUACAACACAUGGCUCCAGGCCACCGGCCAUCAUUUCAUGGUACAUCAACAACAGAACUCUUCCAUAUUCAAGGGAAAGUUAUUCAGAUGAUGGAAACUAUUCAAGUAGCAUAUUGGAAUUGACCAAUUCAAGAUCAUUGGAUGGUUCAGUGCUCAUCUGUCGAGCUGUAAAUAAACGCCUUGCUGGGUCAACAUUACAAGAUGAACUUAAGCUUGACAUUAAAUAUUCUCCAGUUUGCAAAGACAAUCAAAGAGUCAAUUAUCCAGCAUCCAUUGGUGAACUUGUUGACAUUACAUGUGAGGUUAUUGCCAAUCCCAAUAAAGUGACCUUUACUUGGACCAAAAAACACAACGAAACAAACUAUUCAAAUUUACAAUCAAAUUCAUUAUCAUUCUUAUCUGAACCGAUGACUGCAACAUGGCCAACAUCGAUGGCAACAUCAACUAGUCGACCAAUUAGUACAAAUAUAAUUAAAUCUGUUUUAAAAGUUAAUGUUGAAUCAACAAGUGACUUUGCUGUUUACACUUGUUUAGCUGAAAAUGUGAUUGGAGGAAACUUGGAGCCUUGUUCAUUCACCAUUGAACCUCAAGAUCCUCCUGCUAAACCCAAAUACUGUUCAAUUAUGGAGCGUGAAGAGCAUCUUUCAAUAGAUUGUAUUCCUGAUCAGGUUUCAUCUCCAGUUGAUUAUUAUAUUCUUGAAGCUUAUUCGGAUGAAAACGAUAAUAAUAAUGGCGGACAACUGCUUCUGGAUAAAGUUAAUGAAACAGUUUUACCUGUCUUCCAAUUGACCAAUUUAGAGUCCAAUGGUUCUUAUAUUUUGGUUACUUAUGCUGUUAACAAAAUUGGUAAAAGCAGUGAACUGAUAAUACCAUUAAGGAAAGCUAAAUCUACCUCUUCACAUCUUCACGUACCAAGUGUAAAAGAAACUGAAAUUAUAACUGUAAAGGAUCCAAUCAGUCCCAUGUUUGGAACUUUAUCAAUUUUAUUAAUGUUGGUAUCAUCCGUUAUUUUAUCAAUUUUGUGCCUUCUCAUUAUCCUUAUCCGAUGUAAAUUAAAUAAAAAAAACGACAAACAGAAACAAUUAAGUGAUAAUGUUAAUAUUGUUGGUUUGGAAAACAUAUCUUUAAAUUGUGAAUCAAAUCAAACACCUGAUGUGAUACCAUUCAAAGAACCAGAUUUGGAUGAUAUCAAUGAAAGUUUCAAGACUGGUGCCAUUGUUAUACCUGAAGCCUUUUUAACUGGAGCUUACAUUCAAUUUCAUGGUGAAAUAAUUGACAACUCACCAAUUAUGAAAGCUGGUGAAAAUAUUGCUAUGAUUACCAAUUGUGCCCAAGAAAGCUAUCGAUCAACGCCUGUGUGAUUGGGAUAUUAGAUGAUUAACAGUGAUAAAUGAGGACCAAUUUUUUGUGUUUAAAAUCUUUACAUAAUUUAUUACAAAAUUAUAAAAACAAACCAUCCAAUUUGUUGUAACAAUUGAUAUUUUUACACAUUUUAUAAAUCUAUUAAAGAGGAUAAAUUUUUACUAAUGAAACGGCUUAUUUACACGACAUGAUGAUAUCCAUGACCAAUAAUGCGUCGACGGCAGGCUUGGUAGAGAGAAGAG